AAAGAUGCAGCCCGAAUCCUUAUCUUAAUUCUUCCCCCAAUGGUCGGUUCGUUGACAGGACGGCGAACGUGGCGCACUGAACAAAGCGGAAAUUCCCAACUCAUAUAUGUUAACGGAUAUAUUUGGGAAGAAGUGGUAUCCAUCUCAUCAACGCACUUAGAGCGGUGGAGGGCGAUUCGCAGAUCCGUCCAACGGUCCUUUCUCCACCCAAUUCGUUUGCCCCUUUAUCUUUAUACGGAAUCUCUCUCUUUCUCCUCUGCCGCGUUGCUGUCCAUCUAUAGAUAACGGGACUCCGAUGGCGACCGCGUUGAGGCUGGAGAAGGACCACGCCUCCUUCAGCUCCUCUUCCUCCCUACAUCUCACCACCGACAAAGAGACAACCACCAGUUUGCGGUUGAAGUGCGGGCGGAGAGGAGUCGAUGGCGACAGCGAUGGAGGUCGAGGAGGAGAAGUCCCGGUUCCACGAGGGACCGGAGCCUGAUGCGUCGGAUGACACUGCUCACCAGAUAAGCCACGAUCAUUGGCUUCAAGUUAGUUUCGUCCUCACAACUGGGGUGAACAGUGCUUAUGUCUUGGGAUAUGCUGGAUCAACCAUGGUUCCUUUGGGCUGGGUAGUUGGUACAGUUGGUUUCAUUUCGGCAGCUGCCAUAUCCUUGUAUGCUAACAUUCUCGUUGCCCGUCUUCAUGAAGUUGGUGGUAAAAGAAGGAUUAGAUAUAGAGAUCUUGCUGGUUAUAUCUAUGGUAGAAAAAUGUAUGCUCUUACAUGGGCCCUACAAUACGUUAAUCUGUUCAUGAUUAACACGGGAUAUAUCAUUUUGGCUGGGCAGGCAUUAAAGGCUAUAUAUGUUCUCUACAGGGAUGAUGAUGCCUUAAAGCUUCCCUACUGUAUAGCAAUUGCUGGGUUUUUAUGUGCUCUGUUUGCCUUUGGGAUACCUCAUUUAUCAGCUCUGAGGAUUUGGCUGGGAGUUUCAACUUUUCUUGGUCUUAUAUUUAUUAUUGCAGCAUUUGUUAUGUCUCUCAUGAAUGGAAUAAGUACUCCAUCUCAGAAUUACAACAUUCCAGGGUCUCAUGUUAGCAAGAUUUUCAGUAUGGUUGGUGCUGUUGCAAGUCUUGUUUUUGCAUUCAAUACAGGAAUGCUGCCAGAGAUCCAGGCAACAAUAAAACCUCCUGUUGUCAAGAACAUGGAGAAAGCACUUCGGCUUCAGUUCACUGUUGGUGUCUUGCCAUUGUAUGCUGUUACUUUCAUUGGAUACUGGGCCUAUGGUUCUUCAACAUCAACGUAUCUUCUCAAUAGUGUGAAAGGCCCAACUUGGGUGAAGGCAGUGGCCAAUAUUGCAGCCUUCUUUCAGACGGUCAUUGCUUUGCAUAUAUUUGCAAGUCCGAUGUAUGAGUACUUAGAUACAAAGUAUGGGAGAGGAAAAAGGAGUGCUUUCUCCGUUGACAACAUUUCAUUUAGAGUCCUUGUAAGAGGAGGCUACCUGACUAUAAACACGUUUGUUGCAGCUUUUUUACCAUUCCUUGGAGACUUUAUGACCCUGACAGGGGCCUUGAGCGUUUUCCCCCUUACAUUUGUCCUGGCGAAUCACAUGUACUUGAAAGCAAGGAAGAACGAGUUGCCAGCAUCCCAGAAGGCCUGGCAUUGGUUGAAUGUUAUUGGGUUCAGCUGCUUAGCUGUAGCUUCUGCCAUUGCAGGUCUAAGGCUUAUUGUUGUUGACUCCAGAACCUAUCAUUUUUUUGCUGAUCUGUAAAGGUUUCUUGAUAAAUUUUCUGUAGCUUCAUCCAUGAAGUGGGUUUUUGCUGUAAGUUUUGUAUGUUCUUGUGUCCGAGGAGACAAGAUAAUCAACUAUCAAAUGGUUUACAAGCUGAUUAGUUACAUUUGUUUGUGGAUGUCAGUUGCAAA